AUGGCGUUUAAUCCGGUAACACACGUUCUUUUUGAUAUGGACGGUUUGAUACUGAAUACAGAAGAGUUAUACACAGAAGCAUUCCAAAACAUUGUCUCCCGUUAUGGGAAAAAUUACACUUUUGAAUUGAAACUUAAAUUAAUGGGAUUACAAUCUCUUGAAACAGCUAAAAUGAUUGUAUCUGAACUCGAGUUACCAAUGACCAUUGAAGAAUUCAUUGAAGAAAGUAACAAACAAUUUAAAUUGUUAUUUCCCGAGGCUCAAUUGAUGCCAGGUGCCAAGCGGCUGAUAGAACAUUUCCACCAAAACAAUGUUCCUAUUGGACUUGCAACAAGUUCAAGCAAAGACAGUUAUGAUUUGAAAGUCACCAAGCAUCACUUAGAGUUGUUUGAUCUAUUUCCUUAUAAGACAUUUGGAUCAUCUGAUCCUGAAGUUAAGAAUGGGAAACCUCAUCCAGAUAUAUUUUUGGUAUCUGCUAAGAAAUUCCCCGGUAAUCCAAAGCCAGAACAGUGUCUUGUCUUUGAGGAUGCUGUAAAUGGAGUAACAGCAGCCAAAGCUGCUGGCAUGCAGGUUGUUAUGGUACCAGAUCCCAGGGUACCCAAGGAGUUGACAAAUGAUGCUACUCUAGUGAUCAACAGCUUACUAGACUUUAAACCUGAACUCUUUGGUUUACCGCCAUUCAAAUUUUAG